ACCGCGAGUGUCGCAAAGGGGGCGUGCCCAGUGGAGCGGGGGCGUGGCCAGUGGCCGGUCAGGGGGCGUGACCCGGGCGCGCUCCAGGGGCAGGCGGUGGCUGCGGGACGGUAGCAGCGCUGCGCGGGAUGGAGUUGCGCCUUGCCCGGAGCUAUCCCGGCGCUCUCGGGCAGAAGCUCCCGGCCCGCAAGUGGAGCGGAGCCCUCGCAGAGGCCGCUCAGCCGCCCGCCGGGGUUUCGCUCCCUGCGGGGCCGCUUGGUGUCACCCGCGCUCCGCGGCCAGGCCGAGUCCUCCCCCGACACUGCCUGCAGGCGUGCCCCCGCUCUGCGCAUGCGUCACCACCCCGGGCCGCUGAGGGUUGCCAUGGUUACCGCGACCCGGAAGUGCCGCCGGGGGGCGAUGGCUGCCCCCAGCCCCGAGCCGGCAGCCACGGCCCGAGGGGGGCCCCGCGGCCCCGCCGCCCCCUGAAGCCUUCCCACCUCUCUCCCACCAUGGCCCGGGGGGCCGGCGAAGCGGCCGCGGAGGGGGAGCUGGGAGAUGACAACCUGUCUGUGAUAACCUGCCAGUCAGACACAGCCAUGAAGUUAAAGAAGAAGAUUUUUCACAAGCCUCCAAAAUCACCAAAGUCUCCCUACAGCUCAAGCACACAACUGUAUCCUAGAAAAGCUGCAGCUUGGAGAUCUGUGCAGGGAACGGGCAGUGCUUGUUUUGAGAAUGCAACUGUUGAAAACCCAAGGCAGAUGUGGCUGGGAUUUCUGAAACAAGGAAUGAGCCAUGCUCUGAAAUCAGAUGCUGACACGGGGCAUGUGCGAGCUAACGUUUCCAGUAGCACUCCAGAAUAUUUGAAGGAAGCUCUAGGAAUGAAAAAGCCAAAACAUGCUCGUUCUUCCAGUAAUGGCUACGUUCCUGGAACUCCUGACUACAAAGAGAAAGAAGAUAUGUAUGAUGAAAUUAUAGAACUGAAAAAGACGAUACAAGCUCAGAAGAAUGAGGGAGACCGAAUGAAGACAAAGCUCCGUCGCCUGGAAGAGGAGAACAGUAGAAAGGAUAAACAGAUUGAACAACUGCUGGAUCCUUCCAGGGGCUCUGAGCUGGCACGAGCUUUGUCAGAAAAGAAGACUGAUAAUGGAUGGGUGGUUACUGGAUUAAAGCAGAAGACUGUCAAGCUUGAAGAGCAGUGCAAGGAGAAAGACAACACUAUUAAUGAAUCCCAGGCAGACAUGAAGACCAGUAGUUUGGAAGAAGUGAGGUUAGCCAUGGAAACCUACUAUGAGGAGGUUCAUCGCCUUCAACUCCUCCUGGCCAAGUCUGAGACUAUGAGGAAAAAUGCAGAGGGCAGAGACACCCAGAAACGACUGAAGGCACUGAAUGCUGCUGUGCUGAGGCUCUCCAGGAACAUCAGGGAAAUGCAGGCUGAGAAUCGCAGGCUGAAGGAGGAUCUGGAUCAUGUGCUGAGCACUUCCCCUCCUCACAGUAAAACAAAAAGUAUGUGCUGGAAAGUCAGUGAAGAUUAUAGUGAGUGGAGCAGACAGAGGCUGGUGAGGAAGAUUGUGGAUCUAGAAAAAAAAGUGUGUGCCAUGGAGAGCAGCAGGGUGUCCUUAGGUGAUAGUGAGGCAUCUCAAGUGCUUCCUGAGUCAUCUUCACCUUCUGUGGACCUGGACCAUCCAUCAUCCCAACAUUUAAGUGAGGAAUGCUGUCGCCUCCAGAAGCUGGUGAAGAAACUGAAGAAUGAUAGGCAGGCACUUCAGAACCUCCUGCUCAGUAAAGAAUUAGAUAUCAAGCAGUUACUGCAGGCUAAGGCUGAAGUGGAGCUGGAGCUGCAGAAGUGGCAGAGUAAGAUGGAAGAAAAGAGUACAGAAGAGCAGACUUUAAGUGAGGAAAUCCAGAACCUGACACAGAAAGUAGGGAAACUGGAGUUAAAACUGGAGGAAGAGAAAAGACAAAUGGGAGAAGAUACAGUGGAAAAGCUUAAUAAGGCUCCUCCAGUCUGCACAGGUACAGGCAAAGAAAAUCACAGGAAAGAACAAGCAGCCAGAGUUAUCCAGAGAUACUGGAAGAUGUACAAAAGCAAGAAAGAAGAAGCAGCUGCUCUGCAUGAGGCAGUGGUUCUGCUCCAGGCAGCCUUCAGAGGACAUUUAUCUCGACAGAAAGUGCUGCUGGAUGCUGGGCUGCCUGAUGCAAAGCCUCACACCGAGAACUCCUGCCUGCCUUCCAUGUCAGACUCCUUGAGCUUUUCUUCUGAUUGCAAGGAGAGAGAUGAGAUUGUGACAUUCAUCCAGUCCAUUUUCAGGGCUCACUUAGCACGUACAGGACCGCUUCAGGAGAGGCCCUCUGUGCCCAGUGCCCCCAGUGGGAAAGCAGAUCCUGCAGUUCCCAUCACAGAGAAGAGACCAGACUCAGCAGCACUCCAGAGAUCUUCAGUCCCCACAUCUCCUCUUCCUGGCAGGUCCUGCUCUGCUCCCUGUGUGGCCCUGGAUGAGGCUCACUCCGACGACUCCGACGACGUUGUUGUCCCUCCCUUGCUGCAGGUGAAGAAAAGCUACACCCACUUCUAAGGUUUGCUAACAGGCUCUGGUGGUCUUGAAUUAUUUGGUUCACCAACAAAACGAUUUGUACCAAGAUCAAGCAUAUCAAAGAUGGAAAAAGGGGGAAUAUCAGCCCCUUUUUAAUGACAGUUCACAUGAUUUCAGCCACAAAUGAGUAAUUCUUUGCUAUUUUGUCUCUGUAGAAUUUAUGGCUAAAAGCCACUGACUGACUGUUAGCCUUACCCUCCAGGUACACAGAGAGUUUGCAUUUAAAAACUCAACCAAAACACUUUAAUGUUUUUAAUGAGGAUUAUAAAUUCAGUUGCCAAAAUUAAAUGAAAGCAAUAAAGCCUUAAAAUAUUUAAUGCCAAACAAAGUUUUGUUUCAGGUCAACUAAAAUAAUUUGUUUAAUCAGAAAGUGAUACAUGACGUAAUUCCAGUUUUUAGCCCGUGUAUGCAAAGGGGUACAACUGGUAUUUGUUAUCUGUGCUUUACUAUUUAAAAUUUUUACUGUAUCAUAUUUUAAUGUCUUUCUUUUUAUUUUUAUAUUGAACAUUUACAGUCUGUUCAGACCUUGUAAACAUUUUUAGAAAGCCAUUUCUUUGCCAUAGGACUAUUCUAGGCCCACUGUAUCAGCUGGGUUUUCUUAUUUAUUGACCUUUUCCUGUGUGUGUAUGAUGACAUGUGUAGUACUGCUUUGUGUUGAAAUGUCUGAUGACAUAAUCAGCUUUUGGGAUUUCUCAGGACAGGUGUGUCAUACCAGAAAUGUGCUGUGAAGGGAUACCCCUGUGAGUGUUUUUUCUGCUUAAAAAGUCACAAAUUAUGUGUGUUUUGCAUGGUCAAUUCUCAAUGUGUAAAAAUAUUUGACAUAGGAGAUAGAACUAUCUGGAAUGCUCACCUGACUAUAUUGCUCAUAUCUCAUCAAGGCAGUUUUGUUUGGGAGCAGAAGUAGUAGGUUGGAUUAUAACAGAAAUUAAGACUGCUUCCAGAAAAAGCACUCACAGUGUAAUUAUCCAUGGAAAGAGCAAAGGCCUGAUGGGCUGGUGAGGAUUUCAUCAGAGAGGGUCUUUCCAGAUCUCUGCAGACUGUACUUUUUGACUGGAUAGUUCCUACUGUUGCACCAACAUCCUUCAAAGACAUUGAAAUGUGUGUGGGUUUUUUUAAGGUGAGCUAGAUAAAUCAUGAUACUUAUUGGAAGGGGAAAUGAAUUUUUACAAGCACGUGGUGAAGGUUCUCUGGAAACACUAACGGUUUCUUUGUCAUCAAAGAGUAAUAAAGUCUCCUGUAAACAGAAAGCACACUCUUAAAUAUAAGAUUUUUAUCACCUUUUCUAAAUUAAAAAGCAGUCACCACUGUUUCUCAGAAUACCAAUAAGUCAGGGCUGUCUCAGUUCUGUGAUUUCAAUGAAGACUAUCUGAGGCUUAUCAUAGUUUGUGCCAGUACUUAGAGCCAAAGAGGAAACUGGAUGGCUGCAGCACAAUGCAGCUGAUUUCAUUUCAUCCCAUCGGUGGAAAUGCUGCCUGUGCUAUUUCCAAAGGCAGUUUUGGGAGCUCUCCAUACCCAAAGCAGUCUGAAGAAUGUCAUUUGCACUCCCACUGGGUAAAUUUUUCCUGCUGGUGCUUUGGUCACAUGACUGUCAUCUGCAGAAAGGAUAAAAAAAUAUACAUAAAAGAAAAGGGAUAGAAUCCUUCUGGUAGAAGCUGGGGUAUGUUUCUUUUUCUGGAAGUCACAUUAAGAAGAAGGGUCAUUUUGCUAAAUAGAAGCAGUGCUGUACUGAGUUGUUGUGUAUAAUAUUUCAGGUCUGUAACUGUGACUCUGUCAUGGAUCUCUCCAGAGAGUAACCAGAGAUGAGGCCUGACACAUUAAAGGGAGAGUGUGUAAUGUGUCAGGACCAAGGCUGACACCAAAUACCUGCCUGGCUGUCAUCCUACAGGGAGAUACUGGGGCAGCAAAUGCAAUAAGGAAAACAUUCUUUUACUUUACUGUGCUGUAAUGAGCAAUAUGACAGUAUUAGGAAGUUCAUACAGAGCAGAAGGGCUUGUGUUUGAGCUGAGCAUGUGGCCAGCAGCAGCACUUUCCAUAGACAAAUUCUGGGAUUCAUGGAAAAUAGAACCUUGGAUGACCCAGACACAGGCAGAAACCAGGGUGAAAAGGAACAACUGUUUUCUGGGGUGAACCAAAAUGUAUCUAAAACUUUCUAAAUUUGGGGCUGCUACCUCCCAGCUAUCAAAGAUCUGAUACUAACGUUGAGAUGGCCUUCAAAGUCAUACCUUACCUUGAAAGGUAAUUAUGUGUUCACUUCACAUCAGAAGCUUGGUGUGGUACAGGAGGAAGGGAAGCCUGCACAGUAUUAGCCUUAGGAGUUGUUCUGUUGUACACUGUGAUGGAAUGUGUUGGAGGGAGUAGUGAUUGACACCAGGAUUGGUUCUGUGGUUACCUAUCUGAAUGCCAGUACCCAUAGAUCUGGGAAGAAAUGUGGCACAAAGAAGGAAUAAAAAGUUAAUUUUUGAAUAAAUGGCAUUUUUUUUCGACAGGGAGCUGGGGACAGUAAAAAUCAGUGAGGCUCAAAUCUGCCAAGAUAGGCCCAGUACAAACACACUGUUUCUGAAAAACACCUCUAUAGAAAGCCCUGGAAAUCUUGUGGGGGUGUCAAGGUCUUGAAUGAAAAUUAAACUCCCCUGUAUGCAGUGUAAUCUAAAAGCACACUUUCCAUUCUGUCAAUGAGGAAUAAUGUUUCUGACUUAAAACCAUCUGCAGUUUGCAGCAGUGUUAGUUAGAGAUUGUGUGUGAGUGCAGAGAUCUGACUUUAAUGGGAUGUUAUCUCUCUUGAUCUCUUUUUGCCCUUAAGUGCCUUUGCCUGUAAAUCUUUACUGAGGCAUCAAGACCUGAAAACUGCAUUGUUUCCUGCAUAGCUCUAAAAAUAAUCCCUGCACAGGCAACUUCUAAUGUAGUCAAAAUGGGAAAGGAUUAAUCUUGGCAUAUGAGAGCACCAUUAAUUUUUAUGAUCUUUUUAAUAUUUAGAACUGUGCAAGUAUUUUAUAUAAUUUAUUUUGGGAUCUUUGAAAAGCUAAAACAAUUGCAAUGAAUUUUCUUUGAACUGUUGAAUUUUGAAAUAAAGUUUAUAAC